AGGACGGUGAUGUCGUAUCCAACGAACGACAACUCCGGGUGGGAGCCUCCCUCGCGCAGACCAUCGGAAGGGACGAUAGUGCUUGCACCCAGGCGACGCUCCAUCAUCAGAGACGAGGAGGGCGAGGGCGAAGGUGUUGAAGAGAAGCCUGAUCCCCCGUUGGGACGAUGGCACCAGCACUCUCUUUGUCCCUGUCGGAACCCGAACAUCAUGCUCUACUCUCUGUGCUGCUGCUGCUGCGCUAUGGGAGACAUCGGCUGCUACCUUCGUGAGAACUGGAUGUGUUACCCAGCGUACUGCCUUGGAGCGUCGUGCCCGUGCUGCGUGGGCGACACGCGCGAGCUGGUGGCGGAGAAAUAUAACCUACCCAUCGUUUCGUGGGAUCCGGACGAGUUCGGCUGGUGCUUCGUCAAGAUGAUCGGCGCGAGGCUCAUGUGCUUCUGCAGCGUGUGCCUGAUGCCGUGCCUUCACAUCUCCCAGAUGAGGGCGGAGGUAGCGUUCCGGAAGCACGGGAAGGCGACCGUGUGUCCGUGCUGCUGCUGCGGGUGCGGCGGGGGCAAAGGCCCCGGUGAAACCACGUACAAGGAGGAGGAGCUGGACUACCCGCGGGACGAUGGAGUGAAGCGCCCGCAUGCCAUUGAAGAGGCCGACUACCCACGGGAAGGCGGCAAGAGGGUCGAACUCACGCCCGAGAAAGAGGUUAAGGUCGUGUUGGAUUAUCCGCGUUGAACUUGUUGCUUCUUCACCCUUGCUGUGUAGUUAAGGGAACUAAGUGUGGCGAAUCGGGUUGGCCAUAAUCAUGAAAUGAACGUUUGCGAUGGGUAUUUUAGCGCCGGUGGGGGGGGGGUAUCCAUCGU